AUGGGAAACGAAGAGUGGCACAAUAUUUGUUCCCACACUAAUGUGGAGUAUUUGAAGAUGUGGGGUUCAGACCAUCGUCCUCUCCUCGCAUUGAUACUAACACGUCCAAAGAAGUUUUUGAGAAGGUUUAUGUUUGACAAGAGGUGGAUUGAUAAGCCAGGCCUCAAAGAGGCGGUGUUGAACGGAUGGGGUGGUGAUGAUAUUUACGUCGAACGAUCCAUCAUGAAAAAAAUCCAAAAUUGCAAACGAAGUAUCUCCAUUUGGAAGAAAAAUAACCAAACAAAUUCGGAAAAGCUGAUUAAAAACCUCCAAGAAAAGAUUGAUGAGACCUACGAAGAUGAUGAAGCAUCGUCGGAGACUCUCCUCAAUCUAAAAUGGCAGCUCUGUGAGGCCUACAGGGAAGAGGAAGCAUACUGGCACCAAAAAAGUAGAGAACUUUGGUUUGCAGAAGGAGAUAAAAACACAAAAUUCUUUCAUGCUUCCACAAAACAAAAGAGGGCAAGGAACAAGAUCAUUGACAUCCUUAAUCACCUCGAAGUAUGGGUUGAUACAGAAGAAGGAAUAGAAAAAGUAUCGGUGGAGUACUUCAGCAACCUCUUUUCAUCCUCGAAUGCGAGCGAUCCUACAGUGGCCAUUAAGGAUGUUCCUACUUUGGUCACACUUGCUAUGAACGAGCAUCUCAUGAAAGAGAUUCUCAGAUGA